AUGGCUGGCUUCUUAUCCUUCGUCCGGUAUCUGCAGCUGAAAGCCCUCGUGUCUUUUAUGCGCCUCAUCAUUAGGCUCCUUACCUCGUCGCCAAAGCCCAGACCUGACUCUGUGCUCAGAAUCCCAUCGCGUGAAAAGCACCGUACUAUCACAGUCCAUGUCUACAAGCCAUGCGCGGACGGCGCUGAAAGUACGACACCUGCCCCAGUUUUGGUCAAUCUAUAUGGUUCUGGCCUCGCGCUUCCUUUACACGGCCUUGAUGACCAUUUCUGCCGGCUGGUUGCCAACGCCGCCGGCUAUGUGGUGCUUGAUGUCAACUAUCGUCUAGCUCCCGAGCAUCCAUUCCCCGCACCUCUCAAUGAUCUCGAGGAUACUAUGAAAUACGUGCUUGACCGCCCGAAUGAGUACCAGGCCUCGCAGGUCUCCGUAUCGGGGUUUUCAUCAGGUGGAACCCUCGCGCUUGCCGCCGCCGCAACGAUAUUCCCCCGCGGAACAUUCCAAUCUCUGAUCGCAUUCUAUCCCGCGACAGACCUCUUUCAGGAUCCGAGCCUAAGGAAAGCCCCAUUGUCGGGCGGAAAGGCGCGCUCCCAAUUCUGGACUAGGAUCUUUCGGGAGUCCUACAUAAGAGGGAUGGAUCCUCGCGAUCCGAGAAUUUCCCCCGCAUUUGCGGAUACGUCCAAUUUUCCAUCCAACAUGCUGUUCGUGACAGCGGAGAUGGACGCAUCGGCGCUCGAGUCAGAGGAGUUGGCCGAGAGAGCAAAGAGCGAAGGUCACGCUGAUGGUAGGGACGUAAUUAUUCGGAGAAUGAAGGGGUGCGGCCAUGGGUUUGACAAGAAGCUUACGGGCGAUGCCCUCGUCCAGGCCAGAGAUGAGGCUUAUGAACUUGCUGUCAAUAUGUUGAAGAACGUUAAGAGAGAGAGCAGUUAG